ACCGGGUCUGGCCCCUCCGCGCGCCUCCGGCCCGCGCUCCCCGCGCCCGGCGCUCCAGCCCCCAGCCCCGGGCCCUCGCUGCUCCCCGCUCCACGGCCGCUGGACGCCGCGCGCGGUGCAGCGGGCCAGGUAGGAGGGAGGGAGGCGGCGCCGGGGCGGAGGGGCCGCGGGCGCCCCGCCGCCCUCCUGCGCUGCGCCCGAAGAUGUCGGGAGCUAUCUUUGCGCCCCUGGAGGGCCCGGGCGCCCUGGACGCGGCGAGCGGCCCCCCGCUCGUGUGCCCGCUGUGCCGCGCGCAGUACGAGCACCCCUGCCUGCUGGACUGCUUCCACGACUUCUGCGCCGGCUGCCUGCGCGGCCGCACCGCCGACGGCCGCCUCACCUGCCCGCUGUGCCAACACCAGACGGUGGUGAAGGGCCCCAGCGGGCUGCCUCCGGUGGAUCGGCUGUUGCAGUUCCUGGUGGACAGCUCAGGGGAUGGUAUGGAGGUGGUGCGCUGUGCCAACUGCGACCAGGAGUGCGGCAAGCAGGACGCAGAGACCACGUACUUCUGCAACACGUGCGGGCAGCCGCUGUGCGCGCGCUGCCGCGAUGAGACGCACCGGGCACGCAUGUUCGCGCGCCACGACAUCGUGGCCUUGGGCCAGCGCAGCCGCGACGUGCUCCAGAAGUGCACACUGCACGCCGAGCCCUACAUCAUGUUCUCCACCGACAAGAAGUCGCUGCUGUGCAUCCGCUGCUUCCGGGACAUGCAGGGGGAGAGCCGGGCUCACUGCGUGGACCUCGAGUCGGCGUACGUGCAAGGCUGCGAGCGGCUGCAGCAGGCGAUGCUGGCGGUGAAGGCCCUGCAGGCCGCCACACGGGAGGCCAUCGCACUGCUGCAGGCGAUGGUGGACGAGGUGCGACGCAGCGCGGCGGAUGAGGAGGCCGCCAUCCACGCCCUCUUCGGCAGCAUGCAGGACAAACUGGCAGAGAGGAAAGCGCUGCUGCUGCAGGCUGUGCAGAGCCAGUAUGAAGAAAAGGACAAGGCCUUCAAGGAGCAGCUCUCCCAUUUGGCUACUCUGCUGCCCACCCUGCAGGUCCACCUGGUCAUCUGCUCUUCCUUCCUCAGCUUGGCCAACAAGGCUGAGUUCCUGGACCUGGGCUACGAGCUGGUGGAGAGGCUGCAGGGCAUCGUCACGCGGCCACAUCGCCUACGGCCCGCGCAGAGCAGCAAGAUCGCCAGCGACCACCGCGCCGAGUUCGCGCGCUGCCUGGAGCCGCUGCUGCUGCUGGGCCCGCGGCGGGCGGCGGGUGCCGGGGGCGGUACCAGCACUUCUCUCCCCAGGUUAGCAGGGGGCUCGGGCCCCAAGGUGCUGAUGGGGCCCAGCUGCCCCUCCCCCGUGGGAAAGAUGUUGGGGUCACCGGUCCAAAAGCCCACGCUGCACCGGUCCAUCAGCACCAAGGUGCUGCUGGCAGAGGGCGACGAUUCACCCUUCACGGAACACUGCCGCCACUUUGAGAACUCCUACCGGGUGAGGGGGCCAGGGACCUGCCAGCUGGGAAAGGCCCCACCCCUUCUCACCAAGGUGCAGUGGCCCAAUCUAGUCCUGGCCACCUGGCCUGCAAGCUGUCCCUCCACCGAGGCCCCCGCAGUGCACCCAGCCUGCAGGAAACACAGGCACUCACGCGGUCUCUCCCCCCAGCGCCUGCAGGCAGAGAUGCAGAACCUGAAGGACCAGGUACAGGAGCUGCACCGGGACCUCACCAAGCACCACUCCCUCAUCAAGGCCGAGAUCAUGGGUGAUGUCCUGCACAAGUCCCUGCAGGUGGACACACAGAUCGCCUUGGAGUAUGCUUCCGUGGAGGGCAUGAGAGCAGUCUUCCAGGAGAUUUGGGAGGAAUCCUACCAGCGUGUGGCUAAUGAGCAGGAGAUUUAUGAAGCCCAGCUCCAUGACCUUCUCCAGCUGAAGCAGGAGAAUGCCUACCUGACCACCAUCACCAAGCAGAUCACGCCGUACGUCCGCUCCAUUGCCAAGGUGAAGGAGCGGCUAGAGCCCAGGUUUCAGGCCCCCGUGGACGAACCGUCAGACCAUCUACAAGACACGCAUGAUGAUGGCGUGAACGGCGAGGCCCAGGUUUCAGGCCCCCGUGGACGAACCGUCAGACCAUCUACAAGACACGCAUGAUGAUGGCGUGAACGGCGAGGCCCAGGCCAGGAACGAUCCAGUGAGUGUCUCGGAGAGGAGAGAGAAGACCUCAGAGCCGAGAAACAGCCGGACCCUGAGCAGCCUCGCAGAAGAGCCUCCACUGAAAAAUAAAGAUGCUCACAGACCCAAACCGAAAAACGGGGGUGACGUCCCCACAUGGAGAGAGCGCCCAGCUUAGCAUGGGACCGCUCCCGGAGGUCGGGCGUUUCACGACAUGCACGUCAAGGCUGGGAUAUUUAAGAAAACGCGGUUCCCAUCAUGAUUUUCUGUUUAAUGUGUAAUAAUCCUGUAUCAGCAGUAAAACCCAGACACUCUCUGCCAGGUUCCAAUUUCAGGUUCUUUGGCUUGAGCUAGACUUCGUGUUGCCCCGAAUCUUGGUCCGCAUCAAGGUGACUCGGGACGGCAUCCCAGUCCGCGUGGAAAAUGUUACAUGAGUGAACAUCCAGCCUGAAGCCCCUCACUCCCCCUGCACCUCCCUGGCGUCUGUGUGCUAGUCCCGUGAGCUCCCGUUGGGGCGGGGUGUGCACCCGUCUGAAUUUCGGGCGACGAGGCUCGCCCACCGUGCAGCACCUGCCCUACCACAGAGGAAUCCGGCUCCUCCUGAAGCACAGCCCCACUGCUAACCGGGCGCCGCUGGAAAGUUCCACCCGCUAAUCUGCGCGCUGACUCAGCAGAGGGGAAAAAACCCUUGGCUCCAGCUUUUCUCACUGUAGGGCCAGGGCUGAGCGCAUAAAGCAACGCAGUAGCACCUGGUGGCCUGCGUGGCAGGAGGUGGCCCCCGUCAAGACUUCCCCACCUCUGUCCCCGCCUGCUGUCACCCUCCUGUGUUCACCUUCUAUUGAUAUUAAAGCACGAUUCACCAGCAA